GGCUGCACUGCAGUGCUGUCGCUCCCCUGGACUGGAGGGGCUCUUCACCGGCUAGAUUUCUAUCUGGAGCUGCUGGAUCCGUUUCGUUUCCAAGGGAGGCACUUGCUGCCCACGUCGCGGGCUGUCUGAACUCUAGAGGACCCUCCUGAUCCCAAACAGGAAGUGUGAUUGUGCCUUGCAGCAAUGUCAGGGGAUGCAGGUCCAGUCCCAGAGCAGGUAAACGGUAACAGUUGCAAUCAGGAAAACAUAUCAUCAAGUCUACGAGUCUCAGAGAAAAAGUGCUCAUGGGCUUCUUAUAUGACCAACUCCCCCACUCUGAUUGUAAUGAUUGGCCUUCCUGCAAGAGGCAAAACCUAUGUCUCUAAGAAGUUAACUCGCUACCUCAAUUGGAUUGGAGUGCCUACAAAAGUGUUUAAUUUAGGGGUUUAUCGUCGUGAAGCAGUUAGAUCGUACCAGUCCUAUGACUUUUUCAGACACGAUAAUGAAGAAGCCAUGAGAAUUCGAAAACAAUGUGCCUUGGUGGCCCUUGAAGAUGUGAAAGCUUACUUUACAGAGGACUGUGGCCAGAUAGCUGUCUUUGAUGCAACCAACACAACCCGAGAGAGGCGAGAUAUGAUAUUAACUUUUGCAAAAGAAAAUUCCUUUAAGGUAUUUUUUGUAGAAUCUGUUUGUGAUGACCCGGAAGUCAUUGCUUCAAAUAUAUUGGAAGUGAAGGUCUCCAGCCCCGACUACCCAGAGAGAAAUCGAGAGAAUGUGAUGGAUGAUUUCCUGAAGCGCAUUGAGUGCUAUAAGGUCACCUAUCAGCCCCUUGAUCCAGUUAAUUAUGACAAAGACCACUCUUUCAUUAAAGUGAUAAAUGUGGGGCAACGCUUCCUCGUCAACCGUGUCCAGGAUUACAUUCAAAGUAAAAUUGUCUAUUAUCUCAUGAAUAUUCAUGUUCAACCACGCACCAUCUACCUUUGUCGACACGGUGAGAGUGAAUGCAACCUUGUUAGCAAGAUUGGUGGGGAUUCAGGCCUGUCAUCACGAGGGAAACAGUUUGCUCAAGCAUUGAAGAAGUUCAUCAAAGAGCAAGACAUUGUAGAUCUGAAAGUGUGGACUAGCCAACUCAAAAGAACCAUCCAGACAGCAGAGGCCCUAGGUGUACCAUAUGAGCAAUGGAAAAUUCUUAAUGAGAUUGAUGCGGGAGUAUGUGAAGAAAUGACUUAUGAAGAAAUUCAAAGAAAGCAUCCAGAGGAGUUUGCACUUCGGGAUCAAGAGAAAUACCUUUAUCGCUACCCUGGAGGAGAAUCUUACCAAGAUUUGGUCCAGCGCUUGGAACCUGUCAUUAUGGAGCUGGAGCGUCAGAGCAAUGUCCUAGUUAUUUCUCACCAAGCAGUCAUGAGAUGCUUAUUGGCCUAUUUCCUUGAUAAAAGCGCAGAUGAGCUGCCAUAUCUGAGGUGCCCUCUUCAUACUGUUUUUGCACUCACUCCAGUUGCUUAUGGUUGCAAGUUGGAAAUGAUCUCACUGAAUGUGGAAGCUGUGGACACACACAGAGCCAAGCCAUCUGCUGCAACAAACAACCUUCCAAAGAGCCAAACCCCUGUAAGGAUGAGAAGGAACAGCUUUACACCACUAGCCAGCUCGGACACAGUAAGACGUCCUCGCAUUUACAGUGUUGGGAGCAAGCCUCUCAACCCAACAGGGUCUCUGCUGUUCCCAAAGGCUCAAGAUGUGGCUGAUGAACAGAAGCUGCAAGACGAUGUUCAGAUCUCUUCUGAACAGCAUCAGUAUAAGACUAGUAUUUAAAGCUUCAAGUGGGAAGUUCUUGCCUGUAGAAAUCAGCCGAAAUCAUCUUCUGUGAGCCCCUCCUAUCUGUCUCAGCCGCCAAGUCUGAUAGUCGAAGGAAAGAGGCCUUUGCUGCAGACCUGUACAGAAUGGCCUGUCUGUAACUUUUCUUCUUCUUGCAUUAUUUGACUACAAUGAAACUAAGCUCUCCUGUACUGCGCUCAGCUGCACUGACUGUCAAAUCUCUCUUAAUAUACCAGCUUUUUCCAUUUUACAUGUGAACCUGAUAUGAUCAGCUGCUAAUAUUAUAUUUAUGAAUGUAUGCACUUGUGUGUUCCAGUUCUUUGACAGUUGGUGGUGCUGCAUGAAGUUAUUUGUGUGUGAGAGUUAAUUUUUGUUGCUUUUUUGUUCCUUUGUAGUGUGGAAUUUUAGCUUUGGAUUCACUCAGUGGUGACUGUGAACAUUCCAUCGUAACAUUACUGUUAUCAACCAUUUAUAGAAUGCAACUUUCCUGGAAACUGUAGCCAUUUUGUAAUUACUUACUGUCAUAUGAGCGUGAAUUGAUAGCCUUGGAAUAAAUACUUUUCUUUAAUAUG